AUGUGGCCCAAAGACGUGGGGAUCAAAGCCAUGGAGCUGUAUUUUCCUGCCCAGUAUGUGGAGCAGACGGAGCUUGAAGAGUUUGACGGCGUGUCAGCUGGAAAGUACACGAUUGGUCUGGGACAGUCGAGGAUGGGCUUCUGCAACGACAGGGAGGACAUAAAUUCUCUGUGCCUUACAGUGGUCCAGAGACUGUUGGACAGAUACAGCGUGAAGCCAGAGGAUAUCGGGAGAUUAGAAGUCGGUACAGAGACAAUACUGGAUAAAAGCAAGUCUGUCAAAUCGUGUCUCAUGCAAUUGUUCGAGCCCUUUGGCAAUACGGACCUCGAGGGUAUUGAUACCACCAAUGCCUGCUAUGGAGGCACAGCAGCGCUUUUCAAUGCUACAUCUUGGAUAGAAAGUAGUGCAUGGGACGGAAGACUUGCUCUGGUCGUGGCUGCUGACAAUGCUGUUUAUGCCAGUGGUAGUGCAAGACCUACAGGUGGUGCUGGAGCUAUUGCCAUGCUUGUUGGUCCAAAUGCCCCUCUAGUCUUUGACCGUGGACUCCGUGCGUCCUGCAUGAGACACGCCUAUGACUUUUACAAGCCAGACUUGCGUUCCGAGUAUCCUGUUGUCGAUGGAAAACUUUCUAUCCAGUGUUACCUCAGUUCCUUGGACACCUGCUACCAAAGGUACUGUGACAAAGCAAAAACAAAAGUCAAUCAAGAUGUUACCCUAGAUUACUUUGAUGCUGUCCUUUUCCACUCACCAUACUUCAUUUGA